AUGGGAGGUCUACAGUCCAAACCACCGCCACCAUCACCAUUUACUUCAUUCUUGAGUGGCGUAGGCCCUACUCUCGUCUCUGGUGCUGUCCAGGCAAUCUUGAAUCAGAUGCAGGCUGCCCGGAACGGUGCCGGCGCUGGAGACACAGGCGCAAACCCAACGUUACAGGAGAUCGAAGAACGCUUGCGUCGCUCGGAGGAGGAGAUAGAGAGGCUGAGAUCAGCGCAAUCCACUGCCGACAGGAAGGCCGCAGUGCUACAGGCCGCGCUCGAGCGUGCGGAACGUCAGCUGAAGGAUGGCAUACAGCCUAUCAUCUUGCCGACGCGCGAGCAGUUGGAGGAAACAAAGCGGCGUCUGCAGUAUCAGGAGGGGCUCUACCACUUCGCGGUCACGGGAGUUGCAGGUGCAGGCAAAUCGUCGCUGAUCAACGCUUUCCGCGGGCUGCGUAAUGGCUCAAAGAGCCCGUUCGUAGCCCCGACAGGCGUGGUCGAAACGAUGCGUGGCAUCACGCGCUACCCCGACCCGAACGAAGACUUCUUCGUGUGGUAUGACGUCCCUGGAGCUGGGACACUUGAAGUGCCCGACUGGACAUACUUCAAUGACCAGGGUCUGUAUGUCUUCGACGCAAUCAUCGUGCUGAUCGACACCCGUUUCACGGCAACGGACAUCGCGAUCUUGCGCAACUGUGCGCGCUUCAAGAUUCCCACCUACAUCGUGCGGUCCAAAUCAUUGCAGCACAUCAACAACCUCGUUGAUGACAUACUGGGCGACGAGGACGAUGAAGAGUGGGAGGGGGAGGGAGAGAGCCGCUGGGAGAGUGCGCGCGACAAAUAUAAGGCCCAGACGCAGAAGAACGUCACAGAGAACCUGGAGAAGGCCAACUUACUUCAGCAGACCGUGUACUUGGUCGACAAGAACACGUUGGUCCAAAUCACCACCAGACGACCGAUUGGGAAGCAGGUCCUCGAUGAGGUGCAGCUUGUGAGGGACUUGUUGGAGCAAGCUCGUUCCAGAAGGAUUGCAGUACGUGGAACUGAGAAGACAUCUGAGUAG